AUGAGUAACCCAUUUUAGAUUGUUCCAUCAGAUUCUUUCUUGAAUAUUUUAAACCAAAAUAAUGUCUCUGUUGUAGAUGUUGAUGAAGAUUAUAGAGCUGAACAAGAUUGGAUGUUUGAAAAUGAUUGUAAUUUUAUGGAAGAAUAGAUAUUGUAAUAAUAGCCUUUAAUGCCUGAGCGAUCAAAGGCAUUGGUUGGUGGACAAUUGCUGCAGAAAUAUAAAAAGAAUCAAGAGGAAGAUCUCUUGAAAAAAAAUAAGGAAGUUUUUCAAGCCAAUUAAUCUAAAAGCAUUUACCUUAACAAGAUUCAAUAAUUAAUUGAUAAACCCACAGCUGUAGGCAAGCCUAAGCAAACUCGUCAAAAAGUUAUUGUUGAUAGUGACUCCUCUGAUGGAAAGAAUAGAUUAGCUAAAAACAGGGAAUCUGCUAGAAAUUCCAGGAAGAGGAAAAAGAUAUACAUAGAGUUAUUGGAAAAUAAGGUGAAGGAACUAACAGAACAAUUGCAAUAAUUGGAAUGUGUAGUUUAAUAAAAUAAAAUUAAAAAUAUUCAACUUGAGAACUUUAUUGAAGAUUAUCAUCGAUCAAUCACUUAGCUUAAUGGUUUGCCCACUAUUCAAUAGUUGCAUGAAUAAUAUGGUGCCACAUCUCAGAGAAGAUGGAGUGUUUGCACUGAACUCAUUAAUCUAUUAAUUGAGACUACCAUCCCCAUUGAAGUUAAGAAAUUGAUGGAGUCAGCCAAAAAGGGCACUGACAUGUUUAUUCAACCUCUACUUCAACAUAAUCCAUGUCUAAAUUAUAGAGAUUACUUUAAAUAGGGCACAAUUGAUUUAGAAAUAGCGACAAAAAAUUUUGGUUUGGCUUAUGAUAAAAUCAGGGAACAAGUGUUUGCUUUGGAGAGAUUGAAAUUAGACGUCAUCUAAAUCCUAGGACCAGAUUCCUACAUAGAGUACUUAAAUUCAUUAACAUAUUGAAUUUUAUAUAUUUGUAACAUCAUAUUAAUAGUACUAAUCAAAAUUGAA